ACCUAAUCAACUUUCACUUUCAAUUCUCCACGUCAAAGUUUUGGUUAGUAUGCUCACACUUUAGCUCUCAAUCAGUCAGAUGAGUGUAAAAUAGCUGAAACAUAUAAAACCUAAUGGGAUUAGACAGUCGGGUAUUGUAGCGUUUUUGAACGUUGGUGAAGUAAGUCUUCCUCUCAGGAGAAAGUGAGGCGAGGACUCCAGGACGGUAAGUAACUGCGCACUGGUAUCAGUGACCCCGUCUCAGGCAAAAACAGCGGUUUUACUCACAAAAAUCAUUGGUAAAAGUAACAAAAAGGUAAAUGAAUUUCUCAGACCAGGUCUAUGACAUAUGAAAAACAUGGCCUCAGUCACUUAUAUUUGUCGUGUUCGCAUAUUAAUACAGUAUGUCUCCUGUUACAAAUAGCUGCGCAGUAUUGUAAACACAAGAUAAUAACAUUUAUGCGAGAACCUGAUGUUAAUGGCAAGAUCCAAUGUCCUUUUCACAUAAAUUUAACCAAAGUGCGCUGGAGAAAUGAAAGUAGGCCUAGGUCUAGAAUUUUGAACUUUGAUAUCUGUUCGCUGUACAGCACCUAGACUUGAGACCACAACAACUACACUGAAAAAAAUAGCUCAGAAGAUUUACUUAAAAAUAUAUCGUAAGUAUUUGCACGCAGAUGAUUUAAGUAACAUUUAAUGCAGCAAUAUCAAGUCACACUCACUUGCCAGUAUCAAGUACAUUUUACUUUACAUAAAACAUAACAGUUGUGAUAUUAAGUAACAUUUACUUAAUUACAUUCAAAGUUUUUUAAGUUAUAUUUAUUUAAACAAAUUAAGUACAGUCUACUUGUUUUUCUCAUUUUACUCAAUGAUCUCAAUUAUGUUAUCCCCAUUUUACUCAAAAUUUACAUUUUAGAUCUCUGUAGUAUUUGCUGUUAUGAAAAGCAGGUAUUAAUUAUUUUCAUGUGCUUGACAUUUUAAUUUACUUUCAUAUUGCACAUUAUCAGAGACCCUCAAAGCGCUUUAUAUUGGAUACAUCAUUCGGUCGCUCACACCUUGGUGGUGGUAAAGAUGUACUUUUCUCUCAUAGUUCAUGUAUUACAUUUAAAAAAAUGUUUUUUUAUUUUACUUAAGAAACUCUAGUUCUUACUGAACAUUUAAAAUACAAGGUAGAAAUUAUGACAGUUACUCUAAUAGAGUUCACUGCACUAAAAAGUCACUAUUCUCAGUGUAUGCAUUAGCAUUUCCUGAUGUCAGGCCUUCUUCAUCCAGACCAGCUUUUUCCUUGGAGCCCCUUAAUUGUAUCAUAAAAGACAAGAGCAAAGUCAGCUGUCUGGCUAAUUGAACUCUUAAUAACUACCUUGAUGCUGAUUUCUUAUUUACAGCUUAAAAAGCAGGAGGAGACUCUUCUCUAGAUGAGGUAGCCCCUUCCUCUAAAACCUCUGUUUGGGGGACACCGAGAUCUGAGGUGAGAAUUGUCUAUGACUAAUCUCCAAGACACAGCACAGCACACCCUACUCCACCAUCAGUUUUCACACUCAUAGUGUCAUGUGCUAAUCACUACUAGAUGACAUGUCACAGUUUUCUAAAAGUGAUGUUUGUUUGUGUCAGGAUGCAGCAGCAGAGUCCAGGCUCCGGUGGACCCAGCUGUGUGUCCAUGAAGAGUGAUCGGUCCAAAGAUCUUCCUAUUGACUUAAAAAGUGGACAACCUGUUAAUGCAAGGUAUGAUUUAAAAAAAAAUAUAUGAAUUUUCCACUCUCGAGAGAACAAAGCAUUGUGACAUCAGAUUGGCAACACACUUUUUCAAUUAUUCAUUUUCACCAUGUUCAAACAGCUGCCAUCUCUGACCCUCUUACGCAAACUGACCUGACUGACCACAGCCUUGUACAAUUGUCUGAAAUAAGACAAUGAAUUACAAUGUAACAAAAGUUAAACCACCAAUCAGAAGAAUUGGGGAGCUAUGUGAAAUGUUAAAAAAAGUUUAGAUGGUAUGCAAGUCACCUAGAAUCAUCAUUCAAAUGAAAUUCGUACAAACAGUACAUGUUAAUCUUGAUCAGCCUUUGUCGUUCCUGUGUCAUUUUCUUAGCAUGUGUUUCUUCCUUUCAUUUCAGGAAGUGUUUUUAGUAUUUAAGCAUGUAUUUUUUCAUCAAUUAACAUUUUUCACUUUCAACAUUAGACAUUUAGUAUUUGCACUUUUUUUCAAUUAAACAGUGCCUUUUAGUGAUUUGCACUCAAUCCAAUUCCAUUUACUCAACAUUUAACUCUAAACUCAUAUAAACUCGUAUAAAAUCAGAGCUGCUUGCACUGGUCUUCAGUCUUUUUAGAUGUUGUAGGUUUAUUCUUGGAGUCAUUCAAAUUGUACACUAUCUUUGGAACUUAAGAAAGCUUAACGCUGUUGUUCUUUGGGGUUUUUAUUUGGCCAAUGGGCAGCUUGUGUUGUCCAACCUUCUUUGAAUCCUCUUGCAGCUCUUAAAAGUGAUGUUUGUUUGUGUCAGGAUGCAGCAGCAGAGUCCAAGCUCUGGUGGACCCAGCUGUAUGUCCAUGAAGAGUGAUCGAUCCAAAGAUCUUCCUAUUGACUUAAAAAGUGGACAACCUGUUGAUGAAAGGUACGAUGUUUUAAAACAAAAAUAUGAAUUUUCCACUCUCCAGAGAACAAAAAAUGUGACAUCAGAUUGGCAACAUACUAUUUCGAUCUGUCAUUUUCACCAUGUUCAAACAGCUGCCAUCUCUGACCCUCUUACUGAAAUUGACCUGACUCCACAGCCUUGUACAAUUGUCUUAAUUAAAUAAAUAAGGCAAUUAAUAAGAUAAAAAGUUAAACCAAAAUUUAGAAGAAUUGGAGAGCUAUAUGAAAUGUUACAAAAAAGUUUAGAUGGUAUGCAAGUCACCUAGAAUCAUCAGUCAAAUGAAAUUUGUACAAACAGUACAUGUCCAUCUUGAUCAGCCUUUAUUGUCCCUGUGUCAUUUGUCAUGGCAUAUGUUAUCUUCUCAUUCCAGGAAGUGUUUUUAUUAUUUAAGCAUUUAUUACGUUUUUUUUACAUCCCGUAAAAACAUUUUUUUACUGUCAAUAUUAGACAUGUGGUAUUUACACUUUUUUUCACUUAAACAGUGCCUUUAAGUGAUUUGCACACAAUCCAAUUCCUUUUACUCAACAUUUAACUCAGCAUCUAAACUCAUAUAAAAUCAGAGCUGCUUGCAAUGGUCUUUAUUGUUUUCAGGUGUUGUAGGUUUAUUCUUGGAGUCAUUCAAAUCGUACACUAUCUUUGGAUCUUUGGAACUUUGGAAAGGUUAAUGCUGUUGUUCUUUGUGGUUUUUAUUUGGCCAACGGGCAGCUUGUGAAUCCUCUUGCAGCUCUUAAAAGUGAUGUUUGUUUGUGUCAGGAUGCAGCAGCAGAGUCCAGGCUCCGGUGGACCCAGCUCUGUGUCCAUGAAGCGUGAUCGCUCCAAAGAUCUUCCUAUUGACUUAAAAAGUGGACAACCUGUUGAUGCAAGGUAUGAUUUUUAAAAAAAUAUAUGAAUUUUCCACUCUCGAGAGAACAAAGCAUUGUGACAUCAGAUUGGCAUUAUACUAUUUUCGAUCAGUCAUUUUCACCAUGUUUAUACAGCUGCCAUCUCUGACCCUCUUACUCAAACUGACCAGACUCCACAGCCAAUUUUAUGAGUUUUUCAGUGGGCUUAUCUCUGCCUUUCAUUAGAUCCUCUUUGCCUCUUGGAACUUAUUUUUUCCUCCUAAGGUUCAGUAGGUUAUGCAUCACUACUUAGUGUACUCUGAUAGUUCUGUAAUGUUGUUAAAAUGAUGCCUGUGACACACAAACACUUUUCCCUCUAGUUUUUUGUUGAAUGUCAGAGCACUUUUUGUUGCAGUAUCAUUCAGCUUUAUGUUUCCUUUACAGCUUUCAACAGGAAACCUCAGAGGUACCAAUUAAUCAGCCAACUCAGCAACAUCAAACAGACCUGGACUCUGCAUUCAUGGUGUGUUUGUCACAAUUUUAGUAUGAAAUAGUCUUAAACAGACUGUCAAAUCACCUGUCGUGUUCAAUGAGGAGUAAAAGAUCAAUCCUAUCCUCUUAACAAUGGUUUAAAAAACCUGAAAAUAUAACUUACAAAGAAAAAAAUGUUUUUUUUCCAGGUACUUGAGAAAAACAUUGUCACCUUUGUGAAAAACGAGCUGAGGGCUCUCAAGAGGAUUCUCAGUCUAGAUUACCCUACAAGCUUCGAGACUCAGAGUGAGAAUGAGGAAGUGUCGAAUGGUGAAGAUGAGGAGCAAACGUGGAAAAACAGGGAGGCUUUUCUGAAUAUCACAAUAAACUUCCUGAGGAGAAUGGAGCGGGAGGAACUGGCAGAUCGUGUUCAGAGCAGUAAGAGCUUUUCUUAAACAGAUUAAAUAUCAAUAAAAAGAAAUUGAGGUUCAAAACUCCACAUCUGCAACCCCAAUUCCAAAAAUGUUGGGACGAUGAUAAAUGUUGAAACAGCUUGUCAUUGUUUGAAAUAUUGAAACCUUGGAUUUAAGUGAAAACAGUGCAAAGACAACUAAUGAAAUGUUGCAAACAAUUUUCUUUUGGUGUAAAACUGUAUUCUGCUGUAUUCUCAAUUCUAAAUUUGAUGCCAGCAACACUUGUAAAAACUAUUGGAAUAGAGACAACAAAACACUGAAGAAGUGGUGCAAAUAAACAAAAUUUUCAGUUUUGUUUAUUAAAGGGAUACUCCGGCGUAAUAUAUUAAUUUAGGGUCAAACACACCAUAACACCGAGUUAGACACCCCGUCGAGAGAUGAAUGUUGCCGACCGCUUGCUUCUCUAGUAAUACUAACUUUAGUAAUGACCGCACGCUAGCAAUACAGAGAGCCACACACUCAACCAACACGCCACUCUAUAGCCACAAAUAAUGCUCAGAACAGCACCUAACUUCAUCAACAGGACAUAUAGGGUCCCAGCCAUAGUACUAGCCACCAAACAUCUUUUUAGCUUUGCCUGAUUUCUUUAGCAAAGAGACUAAACACAACUCACCUACUCUCUUCCAGCAGCCACUUGUUUGUAGCAAACCCUCAGGUGAGUCCAUCGACUGCAGCAGGGGGACGCAGCUCAAGGAAGUCUACAGUGCAAAAUCAUCAAUAUGAUGAUUAUUACUUCAAGGAAAUGAUAAAGAAAUUAUCAUAAAUGUUCUCCCUUGAGCUGCGUCACCCUGCUGCAGUCGAUGUACUCACCCCGAGGUCUCGCAACAAACAAGCGGCCGCUUGAAGAGAGUGGGUGAGUUGUGUUUAGUCUCUUUGCUUAAGAAAUUAGGCAAAAUUAAAAAGAUGUUUGGUGGCUUGUACUAUGGCUGGGACACUAUAUGUACUGUUUAUAAAGUUAGGCGCUGUUCUGAAUAUUAUUUGUUGCUAUAGAGUGGCUUUUUGGUUGAGCACAUGGCUCUCUAUAUUGCUGUCCUGCGGUUGUUACUAAAGCUGGUAUAAUAAGAGAAGCAGGUGAUUGGCAACAUUCAUCUCUUGACGGGGUGUCUAACUCGGUGUUACGGUGUGUUUGACCCUAACUUAAUUUCAUGCCGGGAUACCCUUUAAGAAUUUUGUUGUCUGUGCACUAUUAUUUUUAAAUGAAACUUAGUGUUUAAACAGAUUAUAAAUUAUACAUCUGAAGGCCAAAUAGAACUGAAGGGAGAGGAAGAACUGCGCCAACACAGUUUCAUAACACUCUGCAAGAUUUAAUGAUAUCUUUUUUUUUUUGCUCUUUCAGAAACUGCUGUUCCAGCAUACCAGCACACACUCAAGUCUUACCUGAAGAACAGGUUCCAGUGUGUGUUUGAGGGCAUCGCUAAAGCAGGAAACCCCACACUUCUUCAACAAAUCUACACAGAGCUCUAUAUCACAGAGGGAGGAGCUGGAGAGGUGAUUUAUGAACAUGAGGUCAGACAGAUCGAAACAGCAUCAAGGAAACCAGCCAGACCAGAAAGAAGAAUCAAACAAGAAGACGUCUUUAAAGCCUCACCUGGAAGAGAUGAACCAAUCAGGACUGUCUUGACAAAAGGAAUAGCUGGGAUUGGGAAAACAGUCUUGACACAAAAGUUCAUCAUGGACUGGGCUGAAGACAAAGCCAACCAGGACAUCCACUUCAUAUUUCCGUUCACCUUCAGAGAGCUCAAUAUUUUGAAAGAGAAAGAGUUCAGCUUGGUGGAGCUUGUUCAUUACUUGUUACCUGUGAGCAAAGAAGCAGGUCACAUGAAAGCAAAGACACAUGUUCCUGCUUCUGCGGAGCUUUUCAAAUUUGCAGAGUCCAGCAGAUUCGAAGACUUCCCAGUUAUGUUCAUCUUUGACGGUCUUGAUGAGUGUCGCCCUCCUCUGGACUUCCACUGUAAUGAGGUCGUGACAGAUGUCACAGAGUCCACCUCAGUGGAUGUGCUCCUCACAAACCUCAUCAGAGGUAAUCUGCUGCCCUCAGCUCGCCUCUGGAUAACCACACGACCUGCAGCAGCCAGUCAGAUCCCCCCUGAAUGUGUUGACAGGGUGACAGAGGUCAGAGGGUUCACUGACCCUCAGAAGGAGGAGUACUUCCAUAAAAGGUUCAAAAACAGGGAUCAAGCCAACAGAAUCAUCUCCCAUGUCAAGACAUCACGAAGCCUCCACAUCAUGUGCCACAUCCCAGUCUUCUGCUGGAUCACUGCUAAAGUUCUGGAGGAUGUGAUGGAGACCACCAAGAGGGAGGAGCUGCCCAAGACACUGACUGAGAUGUACAUCCACUUCCUGGUGGUUCAGUCCAAACUGAAGAAUGUCAAAUAUGAUGGAGGGGUCGAGGCAGAUCCACACUGGAGUCCAGAGAGCAAGGAGAUAAUCAAAUCUCUGGGAAAACUGUCUUUUGAACAGUUGCAGAAAGGAAACCUGAUCUUCUAUGAAUCAGACCUGAUAAGCUGCGACAUCGAUGUCAGAGCAGCCUCAGUGUACUCAGGAGUGUUCACAGAGAUCUUCAAAGAGGAGAGAGGACUUUACCAGGACAAGGUAUUCUGCUUCGUCCAUCUGAGUGUUCAGGAGUUUCUGGCUGCUCUCCAUGUCCAUCUGACCUUCAUCAACUAUGGAGUCAAUCUGAUGUAUGAAGAACAACCAACAUCCUGGUGUUUUUCAUUUUUUGGUCAACACAGUAAGCCACCAGGAUUCUACCAGAGCGCUGUGAACAAAGCUUUAGAGAGUCUAAAUGGACACCUGGACUUGUUCCUCCGUUUCCUCCUGGGCCUUUCACUGCAAACCAAUCAGACUCUCCUUCAGGGUCUGCUGACAUGGACAGAGGAUAGCCCAGAGACCAUGCAGGAAACUGUCUCUUACAUCAAGAAAAAGAUCAAUCAGACUUGGUCUACAGAGAAACAUAUCAACCUGUUCCACUGUCUCAAUGAGCUACAUGAUCAAUCUCUAAUGGGGGAGAUCCAACAGAACCUGAUAUCAGGAAAUCUCUGCACAGAUGAGUUGUCUACUGCUCAGUGGUCAGCUCUGGUCUUCAUCAUGUUGACAUCAGAAGAAGACCUCGAUGUAUUUGACCUUAAAAAAUACUCUGCUUCAGAGGACGCACUUCUGAGGCUGCUGCCAGUAGUCAAGGUGUCAAAGAAAGCACUGUAAGUGCAGGUGUACUUCUCCAGAUUAAAAUGUGUUUACUGUAGUUUAAAAAAAGUGUAUUUCUUUGUCUCUUUAUAACCAUUUGAAUCUUCUUUAGGAUGAGUUGCUGUGAACUGACAAACACAAGCUGUAAUGCUCUAAGUGAAGUUCUCAGCUCAGAGUCCUGUUAUAUGACAGAGCUGGACCUGAGUAACAACGACCUGCAGGAUGCUGGAGUAUUCAUGCUAUCUGAAGGGCUUAUGAGUGAACACUGUACACUACAAACUCUUAGGUAAAGUUUCACUGGCCUUGACAUCAUUUGUUGAAUUUAUGUUGUAUCUUACCUGAAUAGUUUUCUUUUCAGGCUGAGUGGCUGUGGACUAACACAGGAAAGCUGUGAGACCCUGUCUUCAGUUCUCCACUCAGAGACUUCUAGUCUGAGAAACCUUGACCUGACCAACAACAACCUGCAGGAUUCAGGAGUGGAGCAGCUGUGCACUGGACUCAAGAGUCCACACUGCAGAUUGGAAACUCUAAGGUCAGCUUACAAAUUAUCAAAUGCAAUCAUUAAAUUUGAUCUCUCUCUCUCUCUCUCUCUUUCUUUCCCUCUCUCUCGCUCUCUUAUGUAUUUGUAUAUGGGUAAUUCCAUGAAAUCGGUGCCUUUUUAACUUGGAAAAUUUUAAAUUGAAACUUUAUUAAAUUGUUAAUUUUUAAGUAGCCAGGAAUCAAAGAAUGUUUAAAAUGACAGGAAAUUAUAUUGUGCCAUCUCAGGCUGUGUUAUUUCAUAUUUUAUAACUGUUUUUCUCCUGGCUGUUUUCAUAAUUUUGUCGACCCUGUUACAUAAAUUUAACAAAACACAAUAUUUCUAAUUAUAAAUGUGCAAUAUAUGAUACAUAUAUUAGCAGGACUUUAGUCUCUCUUUCCAUUGAGGUUAUUUUAUUUUGUGGAUUUUUUUCUCCAAUUAGAUAUUUGUCAUUCAGAUGAUCAAAUGUACCCUAAUUGUACAUGGCGAUCACAUGUCUCAACAUAUAUCAGAUAUUUUUUAGAAGAGAAAUGUUGAAAAUGGCCUAAUCUAAACUAUAAUGUAGUAUAAAUUAUAAUGGUAAGUGUUGAAAGUCCAUUUGAGUUGUCAAUUUUUACAUGUCAAUAUCAAAAUCCUCAUCUUCACCUUGAAAGAGGUAACAAAUUGUAUUAAUUAUGCAAUUUCUCUUCCCCUGCUCCUUGUCUCUCAACCAUUUCUUCUGCUCCCAUUUAAGGUACCUUGUCCCCUCUUUCAGGAUCUGCAUCUCUGUGAGCUUGGUAGCACUUUUGCUUCUCUGCUGCACUCAGUGGCAUACUACUUGCAUCUGUAAAAGUGUAUUAUAGUGUACAUAUACAAUCACACAACACAGUAAUGAGACGGUAUGAGUUCUGAAACAUUACUGCCUUACAUUAAAUACCCAUAGGAGCAUAGGAACAAUGAACAAUGAAACUUACCAAAUAAUAUGGAUAUUAGCUCAAUAAUGCUCACAUGAUGAACUAAAUAUGUUUAAAUUUUAAAAGGUUGAGAGAGUACAACGGGGGUAAACACUACUCUAUGCCAUCCCUGUUACUCACAUGUCAAAUCCUGUUACUGUAGAACGGUAACAGGGUUGACAGUAACAGGGUUGACCGUUUUAAGCUAAUUUGCCUGUGGCUUAAAUAAGUGCUAGCUAAAGUGCAAGCUAGGUACUUUAAAAGGUAUUUACCUUUAGAUAUUGAUUAUAUUUUGAGAAACAGAAAAUUGUUUAGGUUUAUAUGUUAAAAUUGGUAACAGGGUUGAUGUUGUAUGCUUGUCCCCCCUGGUUAAACCUUGGAAAAACAUCAAAAAUAGCACAUCAGAGAUGAGAGAAACUUACUUGUCACUGGGCUGUUAGCAUCCCGUCUCAGAGAUGAUGCAACCUCCUGUCAGUCAUAUCAUAUCUAGAAUGUGCCAUUAUUUUUUCUCAUAUACAUUUCUUCAUCAUCAUACUACUCAAUUAAUAUUUCACAGAGGCAGCAGCCAAAAUAUUACAUCUGAAUCUGGUUGUGUAGUACAGCCACAGGAAUGACUUGUCACCUAUAUAUCUAGUGAUGAGAGGAUUUGAAUAUGUCACCAGAAAUUUAUGCAAACCAGGAAAGAUAUCAGUUAGCACCAUUUCCCAUUGUUUGUCACAGAUUUGCUGGGCCAUCUCUGAACCUAGCAAGCAGGCUGGUUCAAAUACUGCUCCAGUGAUUUGAAGUCCACAGAUCUGGUUUCUUAAACUGAGAUUUACAGGAGCAUUAAAAAAAGAGAGCUCAAAAACUUGCAGGAAAAAAACAAAGCCCAGUCAGGGGCAUUCUUGUAAUUUACUGCCAAAUGGAAAUGUGCCCAGUGCUGAUAGUAACACGCUGAAGUGAACUCGCUACAGGAAGUACAAUUAUUGAACUUACUGAUAUACUUUUAGAGACUUCACAUACUGCAAGCAGGCCUCCAUCCUGUGAAUGUACUGCUGUAGAAGAAAGUCUUACCUGGAAGACAUAAGUGUGUGUGUCUGUUUAUGUGUAUGUGUGCAGUGUGUCAGGCUGUCGGAUCACAGAGGAAGACUGUGCUUCUUUGGCCGCAGCUCUGACCUCCUCUCGCCUAAGGGAGCUGGACUUAAGUUACAAUCAUCCAGGAAAAGUGGGGGAGGACCUGCUUUCUGCUGCAUUGGAGUAUUCACGGUGCAGUCUUGAGAAACUGAGGUACUUAAAGAUAGAAGCUCAUCAUCACUUUCUUGAACUGAGUAACUUUGGUUUAUGUUGAAAAGCGGAUAUUAACAAAAAUACACGAGAAUAAUUCUAAAUCAAAUCAUUCUUUCCUUUGUGCAUGUGAGGACACAAAUGUCCUCAACCUUUACAUAGGAGUGUAAAUGACCAUUUGAUAAAUUCAUUUAAUAAGAUUAGAUCCUUCUGUGGUUUGAAUUAUAUCUUGAUGACAGAAAGUACUUUGUAUUAACUGGUGACUGUGUUAGUGCCAUUUGUUUCCACAUGGCUCUGUUUUGGGACCUCUACUGCUCAGUAUCAGUUUAAUUUCAUUAGGCCAAGUCACAUAGAAUCAUAAAAUGGCAUACCUGGCUGUGCAGAUGAUAGCAAAAAGGGACGACUGGGGCUUGUUGUCACAUGGAUAAGUUGUCACAUUGCAAUUAUCUUUGCCACCAGAGGGUGCAACUAAAAAGUGAAAUACUAGUUUUCUUCCUUUACAUGGUCAGGGGUUGUGUCCUGUCUGAGAAGAGAAGAGCACAUUGUGAGCUGAGAUAAGCACCAAUUAACCAUUUCGCACAACCCAAAGUAAAAAUUUUUAACUUCAUAUAUUUUAAAAUAAGCUUCUUCCAGAUAAAAAUCCUAGCAGUGAUACAUGUGGACUUGUUAGGGGAGAGAUUAAGGCAUCCUGUCAUACCUCAGUUAUCGUUCUGUUUUAAACUAACUUUAAGCUAGAGCUAGAAUUAGCAGACAUGGUAGUUUGGGGCAACAUGUCUCAGUCAUUUUAGGGUUAGUUGUCACAUGUUUAAAAAUAAUUAAAAUUAACAUAGAGAGUCUGCUUAUCAGCAGUUGUCAUGAUGAAAUUUUGACUUUAUUUUUACAGAAAAAAAGUGGUUUAAAGGAGAGGAGAAAACGAGGAGACAUGGUCAGGAUUUACAAAAGAAAAACAGAAUGUGGCAGUGCAGUACCUGAGGUGAUGCUGAGGGCAGUCAGGCAGGUGACCCGAGCUAAUACAUCAAUCCAGAGUACAAUAAAGGACUUUAAUGUCAAAUACCAUACCAUGGCUCGGUACUACAACAUAAUCACCCAAGCCAAAAUACAGAGUCAGACUGCUCUACUAACUCCAGAGAAUGUUGCAUAAUAUUUUAUGUUAACCUUUGUUCAAUGGCUAUGUGUAAUGACUUUUUCUAGCUCAAUGAUAAACAUUUUCUGUGCUUGACUUUGAUGUUCACGUUCAUGUAAAACAAUGAGAACAACAAUAAUUUUGUCCUUGUUUUAUUAGCUGCAAAAUCCACUGUGACAUCUAAUGUACUGAGACAACUUACCCGAUGGCAGGGCAACCUGUCACAUGUUCACACUCUCUAUUUGAUUGCUUAUAUUUCUGCACUAACACAAGAUAUGAAACUCUAAGGUCAGAUUACAAAUUAUCAAAUGCAAUCAUUUGAUAUCAAUUAUCAAAUUAUAUACCUGAGACUUUGGUCUUUCAUCUGGUACACAUUUUUGUUUAUAUGUUAUGUACUGAUUGCAAGAAAUAUACAAGAGUGUAAAAAGUGUGACAACAAGCCCCAGUCUCCCCUAUACAUUUUACUUGCACCUGCAGAUCAUGAUCCACUAAACCUCUAUCAAACUAUUUCACGCAAAUGAGUGACUGCAGCAAAACUUAAUUUAACAAAGAUCAGACUGCCAUUAUUGUCAUCAGGCCACAGAAAGACUGUCAUCUCUUACCCCAAGCCCACAUCUUCUACAGCUAGGACUUGAGAGCCGCAUCAAACCCAUAACCGCUUGUGCUUUGUUCUAUUUCAAGAUCAUUGCUGAAGUCAGAGGAAUAAUGUCAAAGCAAAACCCUGAAAAGCCCAUAAAAGAUAUUUUGUUUUAGCUUUUCAAUUGUAAGUCUGCUUAUUUUGUGUUAUAAAGGGGGAUGGGGUUUUAUUAUAAAUAAGCCUUUUAUGGCCUUGGCUUUAGUCUGCAGAUCUCUAAUAUAGAGUCUGUCGAUGUAUUUUUACCAGGGGUAAAUGGUCUAUGAUAGUGUGUCAAAAUUCAUUUAGUAUUGACAUCAGCACGAGUAUAGCAUGAGCAUCAGCACACUAAUAGCUCUUGUAUCUGUCUCCAGAUUGGACCAUGGUGGACCACACAGACUAAAACCUGGUCUGAGAAAGUGUGAGUAUUUUAAGUUUAACACACGAGGAAACGGCUGCACAUGAACUCUGUUGAAUUUGAGGAAUAAUUUAUGUAAUGAAUAUGUUUAUAUUAGUCUUCAGGGACAUUUUAGUAAAUUAGAAUAUCAUGAUUAAGUUAAGCUUACGAAAAAAAUCUUUAUUAUAAUCCUUAUAAUUAUAGAAAUCCUUAUACUGCGAAACACCAUCAAAUUUAAUAAAUAAAGUUCUAAAUAAAGUUCUUCUGAUCUUAUUAACAGUGAUAUGAAGUGUACUCUUGAUUGACUCUGAAUAGCUGUCAGUCAAGUUUAUUAACUUUAUUCUCUCCAUCAGAUGCCUGUGAGCUGCAACUUGACAUGAACACAAUGAACAGAGAGCUCAGACUGUCUGAUGAGAACAGGAGGGUGACACUGGUGAGAAAGGAUCAGUCAUAUCCUGAUCAUCCAGACAGAUUUUACAACUGUUCUCAGGUGCUGUGUGGGACUGGUCUGACUGGUCGCUGUUACUGGGAGGUUGAGUGGACAGAAGAUGUUGAGAUUUCAGUGAGUUACAGAGGAAUCAAGAGGAGAGGUGACAGAGAUGAAUGUUUGUUUGGAAAAAACAAGCUCUCUUGGAGUCUGUCUUGCUCCAGCAAAGGUUACUCGUGCUGGCACAAUAAGAAAGUAACACAGAUUCCCUUGUUCCCUGUCUCUGAUAGAGUAGCAGUGUUUUUGGACUGCCCUGCUGGCACACUGUCCUUUUAUAGCAUCACCAAUGACACUCUGAUCCACCUUCACACAUUCAACACUACAUUCACUGAAUGUCUUUAUCCUGGGUUUAUGCUCUGUUUACCUGAUUCCACAGUGUAUCUGCCCGAUGUAGAUUAGACAAACACUGCUGUCUGAAUUCAGAGCUUGAGCCAAGCACCACCCAGACUCACUCAGUGUGCACAGACCUCAAGACUGGCCUCACACGACACAGUUUCAGGCUAAAUUAUGAGCUGAAUUUGCCAUCCCAAAUAAUCAGAGACAUGACCUGAUUAUAAAGUUUGUCACAACUAAUUAUUUGUCCAAACAAUCCUCAAGCGUGAUUUGUUGAUACUGCUAUUUUACUCUGUUUUUACCUGUGGUGGGGUGAUGACUGUGGAUCAUACCAAGAACAAAUAUGAAGUACUUUUAGUGUACUUGAGCCUUUUAUUUCCAUUCAAUUUUCUUUCUUUCGAAGCAAGUUUUAUCGAGAAAUUUGUCAACAACUUACUCUUCAAACGUGAAUUAGAGCUGUAGCUGCUAGUUUCUCCUCAAAGAAAAUCUCUCCAGAUAUUUUUUUAUUAAUAAAACUAACUUGCAGGAAAUGUUUGAAUUUUUGAGCCAAGACAUUUACAAUUUGCUGCAAAAUGUUUCCCUAAUUUUUGUGUUUUGCUGAUUGAGGAUAAAUGUUUCAGUUUUACCUUUCUACCUUUACAUAGAUGGAGGAAUAUUUGUUGAUUUCCUUUUUAAACUGUUCUUUGUUGUUUUAUGAAAAGCACUUUGUACACUCCAAGCAGGUGCAAUACAGAUAAAUUUGUCUUUGAUAUUAUGGUAAUUUUUCAUGCACAACCGAACAAAUGUAUUUUGUGAUAUUUUCUGUAUUUUUUUAACAUUCAUUAUGCUUAUUCUGUACAGUUGCUUUCGCUUUUUCUUCUUAAGCCGAUGAUGAAAAUAAAUUUCUCUUUGUAUCCCCAGAUUUACUUACUUUUAUCUUGUUACAGAGUCAGUCUUCUUUGUUGCACUACCAUGACUCCAUGAAAGUGAGGUGGGGGGUGUCAAUUGUUUAUUUUGGUCUCAGCUACACAGGGUCUAUGUUAACAUUGUGGCUCUGAAACAAAAUGAAAUGCAUAUGGUUUUUAUUUGACUGCAAUGUUGUUUCAUCAAAAUCAAAAGGGAUACUAAUAAAGAAAUAUUAUGUUGAGUAAAAAGCAGGGGCCUAAAUAAUAAUGUGGGACUCCUUUUCCCCACACUUAAGGUUUUAUUAACACCUUGGAGUGCAACAGACUGGACUUUACCAGAGAGCUUGUACUCAUGAUUUGUACUUCACUACUUUACAGUGGCAAUUCUUUGUUGUGGAAAAACUAACCAAUGUGGAAGUGCUAAACGACCUAAUGUGUUCAUUUAAGGCUAGCUCUAAAAGCUCAGGAAGUCCUUAGAACGUCUGCCUCGAAAUUGUAAUUUUUAAAGAAAAGUCCCUCCUAAAAUGGAAGUGUACUCUCGUUAUGUUGCACAGGUCUUAAAUUUUUGCUUGCUCAAGAAGCUGCCUUUAUGAGGAAGUGAUGCUUCUCUCAUAACUUUUCUCCACAAGUCUGUCGUAUGGAGCAACAGAGACAUAAUCAUUGGUAGAAAAUCUACCUGAAAGCAAAAUUUGUUCAUUGAUGGUAUUAUCAAUCUUGGUGAUUGUUUAGAUGACAGUGGCCUGCUAUUAAGUAGUGAACACUUACUUCCAUUUUGUCUGUCUCUGUGAGACAUAAUAGAAGAGGCACGAGUGGCCGGGGGAACAUGUAGUGCGGAACUUUUGUCUUGACGUCGGAAUCUUUUUCAGGGCGGAAUGAUAAACAAACCGGGCACUCACUGCACCGGUAUAUCUCCGCGUACAGUCUAUGGUCUGCCUAAACAGAGAUGUAAGACGGGGACGAAAAGCAAAACAG